GCAGCAGGCAAUGAAAUGAAGGCAAUGAAUGAAUGAUGAACCCCGACCCGAAUCAGCGCCCCAUAUUAUUGGUUGCUCUACUGCUCCAUGUGACCAAGCUUGGUAUCACAUGACUGGCCAUCCAAGGGGCUCGGUCUGCACAACUCCCCAUUGGCUCAACAUCCCGCCCAACAACGAUCUUCAACGCCCAAAGUUGCAGCCAGCAAGUUGCAUCGAGCGGAUCAUUAAUAAUUAUUGGACUAUGGACAUGACAUACAUAGUAUUCAACAUUCAACCCUACGCUACGCUACGCUCUUGCAUGCAUACGCUGUACGCUGCGUAAGGAAAAGUUUGCAACCCUUUUCAUGUUCAUGGUGAACAGUACAGAGUGCUUGCCUCCCGGUAGCACUCAUGGGAAUUUAUGCCUGGCGGGCUACGCACGUAUCACCAAACCAAAUGGUUUUAUGAGCCUGACCUGAGCAAUAAUAAUAAUUCAGCCCCCCUUCUUCACCCCCUAUGAAUCUGGCGCAUUGACUCAGGGAUGGUUGGGUGAGCGGCCUCUUAUUUGUUGCUAGCGUUGAUGUGUGCACCUGUAGUGCCACAACAAGCUGGGGGGGGCGGAGGAGACGGACUCCAUGAAGUUCCAUGAAUAGCACAAGGGCACAAGGGUAGUAGAGUGGCAUUGGACAUUGGAAGGGAAAGCCAGAGAGGAAAAAUAAUAAUGCUGGCACUGUUGGCCCUGAGCUGACCUGGCUACACUAAUUCUCGUCGUCCCGACCUUUCUCACACCUCUUCUUUAUUCCUCCAUAUCUCGUCGGGGAAAAUACACACACAACAUCAGCUUAAAUCCUCGAAACUUUGCGGCUCGGGCUGCCCGGCUGUUGAUGCAACGUCGGCGCUCUCAAAUUUCUGUGUUUGACCCCAAGUCCGACUUCAACUACUGGCUCUAUACUUUACUUCAUCAACCCGCCGCUCGAUGGCGGUGACGCGAACCACACUGGUCAAGGCAUUGGCCAUCUUUGCUUUAUUAAAUGAAAAUUUCUCGGUCGCUGAGCAGCUGCCAAGUUGGUUCAAUGGAUACUAUAUAUAUGCAACAAACGGAUCUACUGCAGUCGAAUCGAUAACAUGUCGCGAUUCUCACACGUCAUGGAUAACUUCUGGAACAUAUGCCAACUGCUGCGCGACCACGCUGACCACAAGAUGUCCGAUGCCUACUAAAUGCGAAGAUGCAUCAGUUUCAUUUGACAACGGCGGUGGAUAUACCUGUCCGGAGCGGCAAUCCUGCGCAACCAUGACAGUCUACGAAACUUCACCCGGCGGCUCACCGUCUGCGACGAACAUUUUCUGUUGGGAAAAUUGGAGUGCAUAUACAGUCUACCGCAAACUCCCUGCUGAAGCUACUGAUUCGUCAACCAUAACACCACCACCGCAAACCUCACCACCGCAAACCUCACCACCGCAAACCUCACCAUCGCAAACCUCACAACCCCCAAACUUACCAAGCAACAACCCACAGGAGUCAGACCCGCGACCGUCGACACCACCAACACCUGCCCCAGAGAAAUCCCGAUCCAACGGAGCCUUGAUAGGCGGCGUCGCCGCCGGCGCCGUCGUGGGUGUCAGCAUCCUCGCCCUGGCCUACUUCUUCUACCGCCGGAAACAGAAAAAUGGCGCCAAGGCGCUCCCGCGCGCAGCUGAAUUAGACAACACGCAGGGGCGGGCCGAAUUGCAGAGCCUCCAUACAGGCGGUGGUGCAGGUCAACCGAAAGCGCAGGGGUAUUAUGGAUAUGCUGCUGGUGGCGAUGGAGGAAACCCGCACGACGUUCAUGAAUUGCUGGGUGCGGCGAAGGAUCCUGGCUAUGGUGGCUAUGGUGGCUAUGGUGGCCAUGGUGGUCCUCCGGCUGAGAUGAAUGCGAGUCGGAAUCAGAAUGUUACGUAUGAGAUGCCGACGAAUCCUAGUUGAGUGAGUCGCUCCUAUUUUGUGUUCCGUUCAAAGGUAUAUACGUACUAGUUUUAUCGACGUAUAUGCGGCCGUCACGGGAUAUCAUACUUCAUGGCAGGGAGGACGUAUUUGGUGCCCUUCUCAAAAAAGAGGAAACGGGAAUGAAUAAACCCAUCCUCGACCUGGUUUAGGAUGGGGAUGGAUGAGAGUUGCUAGUGAAUGUGCGGUCAAUAGAUUGAUAAAAAACUAUCAAUGGGCUUAUACAUUUUUCGCACUUUGAGUCUAUAUAUUUUUAUUUUCUCGUCAUCUGUUAUGAGAUAUGUCGUCAUUUUACCUCUCCCCCUUUCUUUCUUGAUUUCCCCUCCCUUUCCCCCCUUUCACUUUUGUUUCUCCCUACCCUUCAUCUCCCUCUUUAAUCAACUAUAUAUACCCAUCUGAUUUUAAUAAAAGAUGCCUCUCCAUGUUCCACACUCACCAUUCUCCAUUCUACUCAAAUUCAAUUGCCAUCAAACCUUCUCUGCAUAAUAAGUCACCACCACUCAUUUCCAACCUCCAAAAACCUCUCAUUCCCUCAGUCAACAUCACAGUUAUCAAAACAACUCUCGAUUCAAUCCUGUCUUUCAUCCUCCCUCUCUCUCUCUCUCUCUCUACUCACACUGGAUAUCACCAUCUUCGAACAUAAAAUUUUCAAUUGAGAAGAUAAACAUGGUUUCCAUUAAAAUCUAGCCGUGAGCGUUGCAGAACUUCCGCACCACCUCUCUCCAUCCAUCCAUCCUUCCUCUCUUCUUCCGCUCUGUCCCCCCUCCCCCUUCUAUUCUUCCUCUCCCUUUUGGCCCCUGCGACCACUCCUUCCGCGUAUACAUGAGCUUGUUUAUGUAUAUACCUAUAUGCCUAGGUAUAUAUAUAUACAGAGAGAAGAUUGGCGAACACUCAUUUUUCUUAUACUACGCGUAAGAGGAAUCAGACAUAGUUAACUUACAACAGCAGAACUUCUACGCUGCUCUGUACGCUGCAGUGAGGAGUUCCCACACACCUACUUACUUUUUUAUAAAUAAUCUGAACGUAUAAACAUGUAUACGCCGAGAGUGAGAGAGGUGUUCUCAUCCUCUCAUUUCUGUAAAAUGGCUAUGAAUCAUUCAUCUUAGAACUCUUAAGCGGUCUGUAUCAGUGCCAGAGUUGAUUCCAUUCUAAUUCUAUUAUAUUGUCAAGAGACAUCUGA